UCUCAAGUGUAACGGUGUAACCUCGGAUGUUGUGAUGAGUGUCAUAUAAUCAUCAUAAUCAAUAAUUAGCUUGUAACAUACGUCAGCACAUUUUGAGAAUCAAUGUAGUUCAAAAGACCGAAACAUUUGAUUUAGGGCUGUAACGCAUUCAAAGAUGAUCGAGAUUGUAGCCAAACUCAGAAAAGGUUCGGUUUAUUUUUCCGGUGAGGUUAUAGAAUGUUUGGUCACAUUCAGCAAUCCUCCAAACCCGAUACACCAAAAAUCUCAAAGUCACAGCGAUGUUUUUGAGUGUUUGGCUUGGGCAAGUGCUCAGGUACACUGUCAAUGUUCGACCAACGGAAAAGUUGUGCUCGCUGAUCGACUCGAUUCGACGACGAGAUUAGCUGCGAUAAACGCAGAUACAACUUUUGCACCAUGGCAGCGGGAUAACGGCCAUGCAGUUUUGAACACAAAGCCCAAAAUAUUGUUUUGUGAUCUUCGACUUUCGCCAGGAGAGAGCAAAACUUACAUUUACCGGGAGAUAAUCCCAGGAGAAGCUCCUCCCUCAUACCGGGGUCAAGCUGUCAAAUAUUCUUACAAAAUUACCGUCGGAACACAGAGAGUCAAUUCAGCCAUAAACCUCUUAAGAAUCCCGUUCAGAGUUCUUUCUCUCGGUGAAUUACCAGAACUAGCUACAUGUAAUGACAGUGUUGAUCUAAGUCCCAACAAUCCUUUCAUGGAAACGCAAGAUCAUGAUGCUCCACUGGACGUUGCGCUGCAAACACUUCAGAAUUUGACUGCUCGUCGCAGUCCCAAUUUUUACAACAUUACAAACGGGCGAGGUCGGGUAGUGCGAUUUUGCCUUUUCAAGAAUUCUUACAAGCUCGGUGAGGAUAUCGUCGGUACGUUUGAUUUUUCGAACGCGACCGUCACGUGCGCCCAGGUCUCGGUUGCUCUGCAAUCAGAGGAGCGCAUCGCUGAGGAGUACAGACGUGGAGGGGCGUCCGCCGUCCCUUCCUUGGUCAGUUACAACAAGCAUCACGAAGUUUGUCUCGGGCUCCGAUACUCUCAUCUCGUACUCCCGAUACCACUCCACGUCACACCCGAUUUCACGACCGAUCUUGUCACGCUGAAGUGGCGUUUGCACUUCGAAUUCGUAACGACACCUCGACUGGUGGAGAUGCCGAACGAUACGACAACGUCUUGGCAGGCCCCUUCCUCCCUGGACGUCGAAACGAUGAUAUGGGACUUACCUCUUCACAUACAUCCUACGACGACACCUCCGAACUCGGCCCCCCAAAUUCGACACGCGAUAGUCAUAUGACAGAAGCAGGUGGCUUCGUAAGACCCGUUGUCGGGCCAUCGUCGUCUGGAGGAUCGUCGACGAAGAACCCCGGUGGAAGUUUCUUCGCCCGAGACUGGCAAGCGGAGCGAUGGAAAAUUAGAGCAGAAAGUAAGCGAGAG